UGUCCCAAAUCGCGUGCCGGCCUCAGCGCCAGCAGGACUGUUGGUGUUGAUCUCACCACCUCGACGGCUUCUCGCAAUGCCAGUCAUUCGCUGCCAUCUCUCGCCGCCUUCCUGCCUCAGGCGACCUCGACACCGGCCACCACAACGGCAGUAGAGAAGAAUCUAGUUUCACUGGCCGGAGUCGAGCAUAGACCAGCCGGCACCAGUGAUCCGCUUCCUUGGACAAUUCCUGACGCCAGCCCUAAGACUGGCCAGACGCCGGCCAACGAUCUUAUCUCGUUCUCUGACUGGCCAAAUGUCAAUACUCUUCUUCUGACCGGCGCAAAUCAGGUGAGAAGCAACAUUGGGCCCAACUCACUUUUCUGA